AUGGCAGAAAGACAGGACAAUGAGGUGGAAGAGGCCCAGCACAUCUACCUGCUGAUGAAGGAGGAGUACCGCAUCUCCAGGAAUGUGCGUCUGGCCUGGUUCCUCGGCAAACUCAAACAAGUCAUCCGUCCGGCCUCACAAGCAGAGCUGCUCAACUCGGGCAACGAGUUGGACUUGCUGAGCGUUUUGGCUAAAGGACGGCCGCCGGAUGCCGCCGCCCGGCCCGCCGCGUUGAUGCCGUCGACGCGUGCCACGUUCCUUGCGCGGCGGUAUCGCUUCAUCAUUGAGUUGGAUCUCAGCCCCUCCACGGGGAUCGUGGACGAUAGCACGGGAGAGAUGAUCUUCGACGAAGUUUUCCACGCCUUGUCCAGAUGUCUAGCCGGUUUGGCGCAACCGUUCAAAGUUCCGGGGACGGAGCGGCUCUUCACACCAAAGAUCUUCGUCACCAUCUUGGUCUACUCUUCCAUUCUGGGCCUCACGUCACAUCAGGUUUUGGUGCAAGGGUGUCAGCUGGACCGGAUAGAUCUGAACCAAUUCCUGCAUCAUAUCUACCAGCAGCUCAAAGCGGUGGAGAGCAGCAUUGCCGAUGUUCUCAAUCAGCGCCAUCAAAGUAGCUCCUCGGCGGAGUGCGGUCUCCACGGCAAUGGCGCGGAGGAUCAGCCACCGAAGAGGCAGAGCAUCUCUGUGGUGUCCCCAGACGUCGGUCUGGUCAGCAUGGUGCGUCAGGGCAUCCUGGCCUUGCAACUGCUACCUCCAAACUCCAGCGCCGGUAUCAUCAUUGUCACGGACGGCGUGAUGAGCGUCCCGGACGUAGUGGUGUGCGAAACGCUGCUCAACCAGCUGAGGAGCGCGACCAUCACGUGCUCAUUUGUUCAGGUGGGCGGUCCGUACUCGUACGACUGCAGCUUCGGCUACAUCCCCAAUGUGGAGCUAAUGAAGUUCAUCUCCGUGGCAACCUUCGGAUCCUACCUGGCCAGCUGUCCUCCGACCGAGCCGGACGGCCAGGAUAUGAACGCCUACCACAAGGCCUUCCUCACCUACUCCUUCCUCAAGACCCCCGAGGCCAUCGACACGGACAUCUCCGGCGUGUCCCAGCACAAGCUGUUUAACGAGCACUUGGUCUCGGCGAGCAGUAACCCGGCGCUGGCCGUGCGCAGGAAGAAGCACGCGGAAAAGGAGGUGCACGCUCACUUGAUCAGUGUGGUCUCCGUCCGACUCAGGGAAGGUUACACCAUCCGGGAGAUCGCCCUUACAAAAGGCGGGAGCCAGCUGGAGGUGAAGCUAGUGCUCCUGUGGAAGCACAACAUGCACAUCGAGUACGUGGCGUCGGCUCCGUGGCCGCUGGACCCCGGCAAGCGCGUCACCCGGGUGGAGGUGACCAUGGAGGGCAGCUACGACAUCCUGCACGACAUCAGCUGCACGCAGAGGAAGCCCAUCACCAGCCCCUAUCGCACCUCCGUCAUCCGUCGAUUCUGGAACACGCUGCAGAGUAUCAACCAGACGGAUCAGAUGCUGGUGCACCUUCAGUCCUUCAACUCGCUUCCGGAGAACUACAGCAUCCCGGAGAGCACCAAGAACGGAGUUCCACUCUUCUACAUCCCGCCUGGAUCCAGCACCCCGGUUCUGUCGUUGCAGCACGGCGGCUCGAAAGACUCGUCACAGUCGCAGUUUGCCUCUUACUGGAAGCCCAUCCUCUCCAUGGAUGCUAACUUUUGGCAGCGCUGGCUGCACAUGCACCGCAUCGCCAUCAUCCUCGAACACGACAUGCCGGUGCCCAAGCACGUGCACACGGCGGGCAACAACGGUCGCUACAGCACCAUCCAGUGCCGCAUCUCGCACUCGGCGCUCACCUCGCUGCUGAGGGACUGGAGCAGCUUCGUGCUGGUAGAAGGAUACUCCUACGUCAAACUCAUAUACAGUUCGGCGGAGCAGCCCCCCACCUCCUUCUAUCUGGUCCGUCUCAUCUCCAAGACCCCCUGCAUGGUCCUGCGACUUGGCUUCCCCAUCGGAACGCCUGCGCACGUCCGAAACAAGAUUGUGGACGAGCUCCGCGACCAAAUCCUGAAGUUGCGUUUCCCGCACCGUGUUCAGAGCAAGGAAGCCACGCCCAAAACUAAGAGGAAAGCGACGGGGGGCGCGGCGGCAGCCGGUCAGCCGUCGCCGUCCAAGUCUCCCGCUCUUUCCGCCCCCAAGCAGGCGAUGUCGGACCGGCCGUGCGUGGUGGUCCUCAACAAGCCGCUGGAAAAGCUCCUCAUCAGGUACGAAAAGCUACCUCUGGACUUCAGAACCCCCUUCGCUUUUGGAACUGGGAGCCCGUCUUCCUCGCAACCCUCCGGCAACGUGGCGGCCAACCGCGCCGCCUCGUCCACGUUAGCUUCGCUGUCUCGCUACUUCCUGCACCGUCGCUGGGUUUGGGCGCCGCAAAGUGGACGGGGGCCGGCCGCAGCCACGCAGGCCGUCGCCAACAUCCUAGCCGUGCUGUCCGAAAUCCGCCUGUCGGAGGGUUUUCAUUUUGCCGCCAGCGGAGACGGCAUCGUCAACAUGGUCAUCGAGCUGCCCAUGAAGGGAACGUCACCCGACUGGGAGCGAGAGAAUCACUCUUGCCUGGUGCAGUACAUCCUCUUCCCGCCUCACGCGACCUCCACGAAGGACAGCUUCUCCACGGACGACGACAACGACGCGGACGUGGAGGUGGCAGACGCCGAGGCGGAGCUCCAGCUGGUGACCGAAUGCUGGGUGGAGCCUCAAAGUGGCGUUGUCGCUGACCAAUCAGAACAGCGGCGACAUCUGAGCGGCCUCAGCUACCAGGAAGUGCCUCGGGCCAUCUUCCCCAGAGAUUUAGCUUGCGUGUCCACCCUGAUGACAUUUGAGUACCUGAGUCAGCUGUGUCAAAACAAGGAGCAGGAGUGCCAUGUGCCUGCUGGACUCCAAGACACCACAGGUGAGGAUAUCGUAGCUUCCUUUGCCACUAUUCACAUGGUUCCCUUCCAGUUUGAUCUCAUCCAGCUUCUGCCCAAAUGCCAGCAGGUGGAGCUUUUCUUCCUGACCUUCAGCACAGAGGCGGAGCUUGAAGAACACCCGGGCGGUCCCUGCCUGCCCAACGAGCUGCUCCUGGGCCUCUUCCACAGCAGCCUGGAGCAGGAGCUGAGCGACCGCGAGAUCCCCGUCGUCGGCGAGGACCACGCCGCUUUCGCGCGACACGUCUUGGAGCGCCAACGCGACGGCCACGGCGCUCCAUUCCCGCCGCCCGUCGUUAAAGAGUUUACGAGGCUUCCGGAUAGACUGGAAACCAUGUCGACGUUUCAGUUAACCAGCAGCGUUAAUGAGAUGACUGAAUCCACCGGCACUUUGCAGAGUUUGGCUGACACGGCGUCCGACGAGCCUUCGCCUUGGCCCUGGUCGGCGGGGCAGAGCGCUUCGUCGCCUCGGUGGCGAUGUUACGCCAAGCGAGUCGGCUCCCAGCAAAUCCUGCUCACCUUCCUGCCCGCCACCUUCGCAGACGUUCAAUUGCUGAUGAACUCAGAGGCAGAGCCUUUGAGCCAGGUCAGCACGCAAGAGGACGACACGUUGACACCGGGAAACAAGUCGCCGUGCGGAUCCGCCGGACCGGCCGACACGACGACGUCAGACGGCUGGGAAAGCACCCGGCCCGGGACGCCCGACUCGGAUUUGGGCGAAAAAGUUCACUUCUCGGAGCCGAGGCGGCCCGACGCACACGGCGCCGGGGACCUCCCGGGCCGCCGGCUGUCCCUGCAGAACGCCGGCACGCAGCUCAAGUGUCCCGUCUACGUGUACAAUUGCUGCCUGGAGCUACUCAAGGAGCAGCUGGUCCACCCCGCCGCCAACCGGCAACCCAGAGACGUCUUUUUCAGGUCGCUGUCUCACGACCGCAGCAGCCCGUCGCCUUGGACCGACCUCUUGGCGCAACCUCACAAGCACAAAGAGCUGGCCCACUACUGUGGCCUGCUGCAGGAGCACUACCAGCAGAGUUUCGCCAAAGGAGUCUAUGCGAGCUUGCAGCAGUCGCUCGGCAUCGGUUCCCAGGACGUCCUGAUGGCCAUGGACUACUGCGAGGAGUCCCUGCAGGAGAUCGACAUCACCGCUUUCCUGCAGACUCUGUGCGGACACGUCCGGACGUUUCGGGAGAACGGGACGCCGACCCGGCCCGCCGAAGCGGUCGGGAGGUCCGCCGGCUUUGUGGUGGGCGAGCCCGAAGAGGAAGGACCUGACGUCAGGUCUGUUGUGACCUCCUUGUCCAGUUUGGAACAGGGAGACACCAGCGAAGCGGAGUCCGGGAAGUUCUCCACGUUCCCCCUGGAGUCGCUCCGAACGCAUCCCGCCUGUGACGUGUGUCCGGAAGUGCAAGAAAUCAUUCAGGAAAAAUUCAUGGGAAUCGUCUUCCAGUAUUUCAAACCUGUGCCUUCCAAUCCGCAUUACUUCUUCUACUGCCCACCGUCUUCCAAGACCGAGGAGGACUCCGAAUUGGGCGAGAUGGACGCGAGGCUCGGCGAGGACCCGGUGUCCGAGGCGGAGCAAGCCACUGAGGACGAAACGGCAUCCAACAGCUGCAUCACCACGGAGAGCGACACCGACUUGGUGGUGGAAUAUGAGGAGCGACCCGCUGCCGGCGGCGAGGACCGCUCGCACUCGGACUCCAACACGCUCAAUCAGGAUCAGGACCGAGACCAGGACCAGGACUCCUUCAGCAUCCUGGACGAAGGCGACUCCCUGCUGGAGGUGGAGGCGCCGCAGAUGGACAUGCCGCCACUUUUCCUACACGUCACCUGCUCCGUCAGCGCCAAGAGCUGCCACGGAUCCACGCCCAUCCGCACCUUGCCCACCUGUCUCGGCCAGCUGGUCUCCUGUCUGGAGGACGCCGAGGCUUUAGACGACGUGGACUUGAAGGAGCUGUCGGUCACGCUGGACAUCUUCGUACUGACGCUUCCUCUGGAGAUGGAAGUGGUGGGCGACUUUCAUCACAACCGGUACGCGUCGGAGAGCAGCGUGUCCCUCAACCGUUCUCCGGCACAGCCGUCGUCCUACCGCUCGGAUGAGGAGCUGACAGCCGUGCUGGAGGGACUCAAGGGAGCCGACAUGGACGUGGUUUGCGGUGAACCUUUGUCCAAGUUGCUGCUUCCUCACAAGCUGGCUAUCCUGGCCACCAUGGAUGAAAUCCGCUGGUUGCUGGAAGACGAGAUCGUGUCGGCGCUCCGACGCUCGCGCUCCGUCGGGCUCCCCGCGUUGCUCAAGGUGGCGCAACACGUGGUCCGCUCGGUCGGACGGCCGCACUGUCGCGGCGAGGAUGUCCCGCUGCAGUUUGUCUUCAGGCCCGAGCAGUCGCUGGACAAGUUCAAAGAGGAGUUCUGUCGCAUGGCGCUCCCCGGCUACGUGCUCAACAGCGAGCGCGACGGCUUCUUCUACGUGUCGCUCAGCCGGCUGCAUCCGCACCGGACGCACGUUGGAGAGAGGCUGUCGGAAAACGGCGUCGACCAGGCGCGGUUUCGGGAAGAGUUGCGAUCAGAGGCGGAGUUCAACAACACUUCCGCCCUUUCCGAGAUGGACGGCGACUACGCGCGGAGUUCGGUUAGCCUCCCGCUUCUGAACGAGGCCACCUUGCCCACCGAGAGCUCCUCUUGCGUCAGCCUGGCCGAGUCGACGCAGUCCGCUUCUCACAGCUUCGGCAAGCUGAGACCUAGUCGAGUGCAGAGCUUCGUCUCCAGCCAAGGGAGUUUGGAUUCCGAUAUGCAGGGAUACGACGGCGACAGCAGCGAGUCGGAGUGCGAGAGUCCCGCCAUGGACGAGCAGGAGAGUCAGAGCCCCCUCAUGCCAGACUUCUGGCUCCUGGCCAAGAUCCACCAGGACAGAGUCAAGGUCUACUCGCAUUCCAGGAGCGUGAGUGAGGAAACUGAGCAGGAGAACAGGGAGGACCAGCAGAAGCUGCCCGAAUGUUUACAACUACAUCAGAUGGUGGUCAGGAAGAUUGGGGAACUGUGUCGGAGGGUCAACCAGCACAUGCUACUGCAGGAUCUUCACGACAGUCACGUCUGCAACUCCCUGCUUGUGGCCGAGAGUGAGGAGGACAUCUGGAAGGGCGAGUCGGCGUACAGGCAGCGGAACCGCAACACUUCGGACGAGUACCACGCCGAGGAGAGCUACCCGUCCCGAGAUUACCUCGCCGCCACCAUGCACUUCAUCCCGGGACACUUUGCCUGCGACGUGGUGUGUAGCACCGUCAUCCGCAUCCACCCGAGACUCAAGAUGGGACCGAACAUGGGCGUGUCCAGAGCAAUUCAGGCCUUACGGUCCGUGCUCAACUCCUUCUGCGUGGUCAACAGAAAGAACAUGUUCGUCUACCAGGAGCGCACCACCAAAUCUGUCUUCUACCUCAGACUUUAUGAGACGUCUCUCUCGGGCAAAUACUCGGACGUUGAUGGUGGCUUCCCCGCUUCUCGUUCCCUGAGCCUGGCCAGAAGUCAGGAGCCGUUGUUUUCCGAGGAUCUCAUGGGUUCCAGGUCAUCUUUGGAGGGCUCUCGUCCGGUGGGCCAGGCAGACAAGCACAUCCUGCUGCUGGUGCACGGCGUCGACCGCGCGGGACCCGAGAUCACGGACGACCUGGUGAAGGUUUUGCGCAAGCGUCUGGACGAAACCACGCUGGACAUCAUCACCGUCAUGCUGGUCAGGAACUGCAAGCUGACGCCCGCCGACGUCGAGUUCAUCCAGCCGUCGGGAUCGGCGUCCAGCGAGGUGGUGACCUUCGGCCUACCCGCUUUCUGUCUGCCGUGGCUGUCGGCCGUGUCGCAUUACCUUCGCCAGAACCUGCUCAUUUUCCUGCAUGUGCCCAAGUACACGGACAGCAACACUGCGCACCACUUCAAGCACUGCUUUCAUUCCAAUGCCGACAUGGCAGACGGCGAUAUCUACCUCUACAACAAGCCUGGAGGGCAGGGGACAGGAGGCAAAGGAAUUGCCUGCAUCACUCUGACCUUCCUGGAUGCGGCGGGGCGCCCCCUUCAGGCCGCCGCCGUCCGCGACUGCAGCAAGCAGACGGACAACUGCUCGAGCCCUUUGCAGCCCCGAGACUUUGAGCGCUUGACCACCGUACUGAGAAUCACACCCGACUCUGGAAACGAUGACAAAGAGUCGGCGGCAACGUUACUAGUGCGCUUCGACGUAUGGGAGCAAGGCAACGUCAGCCCGGCGCAGCUGGCCGACAAGCUGCAGGGGGCGCUGCGCCACGCCCUGUGCGACGUGCUCACCGAGAUGACGGUGCUGCCGCACCCGCUCUGCCUGCCCUGCGCCGGCGCCGACGUCCGCAAGGAUCACGUCAAGGUCGCGCCUGAGGCCAAGGAGGUGGCCAAGGACGCUCUGCGGCAGCGUAGCGGCUCGCGGGUUUUCAGAAGCAGCCCUUCGCCCAUCAGUUUCGCACAGGGCGGCGGCAUGACGGGAACCAGCACACCCGAGUCCACCACGCCCACGGGAAAAAGCACACGGAGAAGCUUCUGGGACAUUUUGAGCAAACCCGACUCGUCGGAGCUGGGCAGCCCCAAAACCACGGACGACAUCGUGCCCGAGCGAGGCGAGGAGGGUCGGGCGGCGCGCCGCAGGCACAAGACGGAGAGCGUCAAGCAGCAGUGGUCGCAGGAGAGGCCCGGCGAGCUGGAGCAGGCGCACAGGAAGCAAGCGUACCAGCUGGAGGAAGGCGACGCCGGCGCCCUGCAUCCCAUCUACCAGCUCACCUGCCAGCCCUGGCUGGCCUUCAUGGCCGAGCUGGGCUGCCCGUCCGUUCAGCAGUGCUCGGCCGACGUGGCGUCCCACUUCCUGCUGCCGUCCGUCUUGACCGAGCUGGUCAACCUGGUGACGUCGCUGGCGGGCGACACCGCCGUCAAGGUCUUCGUCAACACCGGCUGCCCUGUAUCAGGCGACAUCUUCGUCCCCUCCACAAGCACGCAAAACCCGGCGCCGCAUCCCCCCGCCACCACUUCGCGCAACUUCAUCCUCAUCGGCAGGAACUUCCAGCAGUGGCACUGCAGCGCCGAGCGAGGUGACCGCUCUUCAGAGGAGGAAAGCGUGAUGCCGCUUAGUAGAUUUACACCUCACAAAGGCCUCCAGCGCUUCGAAGCCUCGGAGCAGCAGCAGCAGCAGGGCGACUCUAGCGGCGGCCUCUCGGGCCAACAGUCGGCCCCCGCUCCCCGCCAGAGGUUCCUCUUCAUCCGCGUACUGGACAAAAAGGUGACGCUGUACAGCUACAACUGGUCGCCGGACCUGGCCGGCUCGCUCAACCGCGAGCUGCUGCGCCUGCUCCGGUGGCAGAACGCCCGAGCCCACGUGCUGCACUGCCUGCUGAGCCAGAAGAUGGGCCUCUUCCACCACCACUGCUUCUCCGACGCGCCGCUCCACCGCGCGCGCUCCGAGCGGGAACCCAACCCCUUCCUGGGCGCGUCGACCGAGCCGGACACGCUCCUGCGCAGCGCCGUCCCGCCGCCGCCGGCCAGCAAGGAGCAAGGUCGGCUGGCGUCGGCGGGCCGCAGUCUGGCGCCGCUUCACUUCCCCUCCGAGCUUCUUCCCUUCGACGAGGCUCUCCGGGACGUGGGCGCCAUCGGGACGUUGGCGGACGGGGACGCCGUCGCCCGCCACGGCGGGCAGCUCCUGGAGAUCAAGGCGGCCGAGAGGAGAGAACUGGAGAAACAGAUGAAGAUCGAGAACCUGUUCGUGACCUGGCAGCAGCGUUCGGCGCAAUCUAACAUGCCCAUCGCGCUGGCCGAUUUGGAGACCUUGAAGCAGUCGUCCCGUCUGGUGCAUUACUGCGCCACGCCGCUGCUCUUCGACCCGCUCUUCCGCAAGCAGAUCCAGGACGAGCAAGUCGCUCAGCCGCCCGCCAAGAAGCGCCACCGCUCCAACGACUCGACGGCGUCCGGGCAGGGGCCGGGACGCGACCGCAGCCACAGCGGCGACUCGGGCGACUCGGCGCUGUCCGGCCGGCCCAAAGAAGACGCCUGGCUGCUGGACAUAUCCAGUGCUUUCCUGCAGCACUACGUGCAGUACCUGCAAAGCAUGGGCUUCAUCCUGGUGCAAGUGCGACCGCAGUCGCCCGCUCGCAGCAUCGCCCGCGCUAGAGCCGCCAUGUUGAGUUCCAUGUCGUCAGAGGGGAGGAUGUCCUUCUCCUACGUCAAGCAGAAGAGCGAAGACAGCCCCAAGACGGCCGUGUCCGCCACCACCGCUUACCACCUCCAGAGGGCGCUGCCGGGCGGGAUCGUGCUGAUGGAGCUGGCUUUUCAGGGCUGCUACUUUUGCGUCAAGCAGUACGCGCUGGAGUGUUCGCGCAUACCCAUGGGCCAGUCGGUCAACUCGCAGGGCGGCCUCCUCAGCAAAGCUCGAUGUAAGCCCUUCCCGGACGCCGACUGCGCGCUCUCCAUGCUGUUCACCGAGGAGUGCGACAAGGUGCGCGACUUGAUGCACGUGCACUCCUUCAGCUACGACUUCCACCUGCGGGUGGUCCACCAGUACCUGCUGGGAUCUCACAUGACGCUGCGCCAGGGCUACCAACUCACCGAUUUCCUCAGGGACUUUGUCACGCAGCACCCCGACAUCCCCAAGUUUGGACGCAACCACGUCUUCCAAGGGAACUUGUCCAUGUCCACGGGGAUGAUCACGGCCCACCAGCUUUACAACUACAUGACGGACCACGCCGGCGCUUACGGCAUGAAGCCCCUGCGCAUGUCCAAGGCGGCCGCCGCCUACGACGGCAAGAAAACCGCCCCGGACCUUUACGAGUACGCUCUGGUGGCCGUGUGGAACAGCUCGGGUUCUUACAAGGACCUGGAGGGGCUCCACCACCACGACGACUUUGACGUGUCGCUGGUGGUGUGUCACAACGCCGCCCCCUUUGAGGAGCAGUCCGAGGGGGAGAGACACCUGCUCAGGUUACGCUUCUACGUGAUCAUGACGAGCCAGCGCGAGCUUUUCCCCCGACUCACGGCCGACAUGCGCCGCUUCAAGAAGCUUCCCCGGAUCCACCGCCCCGAGAGCCGCGCGUCCCCGCCUACCGACCCCUGGGAGGAAGCGGCCGGUUCCGGCUCGGAAGCCUGCGCGCCCAGCGACGACGAGGAGUUCGAGCUUUCGUCCCGCGGGCCGCUCUACCCGUCCUUCCCGCUGCUCGGCAACGAGGUAGGCGCCGCCCGCCGGCAGAUCGGCGCCGGCGUGGAGGAGGCCAUGGGGCACUGCCGGCGCGACAACCUGUGGAGGAGGCUGUUCCACGGCGAGCACCUGGCACUGGACAAGCUCAAGCUGACCAAGCUGACUUUCGGCGAGCUGGAGGAGCUGCUGCAGGCCGUGCAGAGCCGCUCGGUGGGGGACAUCGACCCCCAGCUGGACUGCUUCCUCAACAUGAGCACCGCCUGGUACCAGAGUCUCAUCAAAGUCCUGCUGGGCCGCUUCCCCCAAAGUUGUCGGCAUUUCGACGAAGGCGGCGUCCAGUACCUGGCCGUUCUGAAUCAAAAGUUCACCGACUGCUUCGUUUUGGUCUUCCUGGACGCCCAAACUGGCAAAACGAGUCUAAAGGUGGUUUUGCGAGAGCCGUUGCCGCCGGAACCGCAAGACGGCGGCAGCCCGCCUCCCCAGCUGGUCUCCAUGUACCACCACUUGGAGUCCGUCAUCAACGUGGCCUGCUUCAACCUCUGGACCGGUCUCUUGUAA